AUGGCAGGGCGCUGCUGUCUGGGGCUGGAGCUGUUCUGCUGGGUCCUGCUUGCUGCUCCUGUGGGUCCCCAGCCUGCCUCUGUCCCAGGUGCCCUAACCACUCUGACUCCACCACCUGAGAGUGAAGCCUCUAUGCUGUCGCUCAACCUGGGACUAAACUUUAAAUUCCAUCUUCGGGGACCUGCUGCUGUCUGGGGAAACCCUGUCACAGAGACCCAGGCUCUUUCUCCUGGUCCAGCCCAGGAGCCAGGAGAAGAGGUGGCCAGUGGGCUGAGGACUGAUCCCCUUUGGGAACUGCUGGUGGGUCCCCCUGGGAACUCUCCCCCAGAGUGGGGCUCUGCUGAAGGCAGCUCUACACCCUGGGCCUCCUCCCUGUCUCCUGAGUCCACAUCCCCCUUCUCUGGGCCCACCCACCAUCCAACUACUCCUUAUCAGCCCAGGAUGGCCACUGUGACCUGGGCCACUGCUCUGACCACGACAGCACCAUCAUCCAGUGUUCCUAGGCCCCACCAUAGCGAGCUAGAGCUGAAGUUUGAUGUGGCGUUGAGAGCAGGUGCAGCCCCGACCCUGGGGCAUCGAACACUGCCCCUCCUGCCCAGUCUGCGGGCCAGCCUGGCAGAGAUUGCAGGGCGCCUAGGACCCUUUGGGUUCUUUGGCACUACUGUGUCCCCACUCCGGAACUUCUCAGGCCUGAGCCCCCCAGGCAUAACAGCAUCCCCAAACUCUCCCUCCAGAGCAUCAGAUUCUCCAGGGUUCUUUGGCACCACUCUGUUCCAGUCCCUACCCUCUCUGGAGAGGGAGCUCUCAAGCUCAAGCCUGCUGGACCAGGCUGCUUUGCUCAGUGCUGCCUCAAUUAGGACAACACCAAUGCAACACGACCCAACCAUUCCCACCUCAGGCCCAGAUGACCCAUCUCCUGCCAGCCUUGGGAGCCCUUCAGUGCAUCCGGAGUGUGGGCCAGAGACUUGCAGCACGGACCUGGGUGGGCUGCCAGACCCGGAGGUGCAGCCUCCUGCUUCCCCGCGGCCCCUCUUUUUCCUGACCCUGGAAGCCGACUGGGCAGAAGCCCGGGCUCGCUGGGGGCUAGCCUGGGAGGCCCAUGUGUAUGGGGCAGGUGCACUAUUCGGCCUGGUGGCCUUGCUGGCCCUGCUGGCUCUGGCCCUUUUGCCCUGGAGGUGCCCGCCCGGCGCCCCCUGCCUGGCGCUUCUGGAUCUGCUGCUGCUCUCGGCCGGAACCACGCGUGCCUUCCCGCUCUUCUACGAUGCCUACGGGCACCGAGACCGGCUGCCGGCGCUGGCUUGGCUACUGCUGCAGGACCUUCCACUGCCCUGCCUGGCCGCUGGCCUGGGGCUAGCCUGCCUGCUGCUGGCCCGGCCGCGCCCACCGCGCUGCCCUGCCGGCCUGGCAGCACUGCUGCUCCUGGGGCUGGGGCUGGCUGCCGCCGCUGCCCUGGGGAGCGCGGCGCACCAUCCGCUGCGGCCCCUGCGGCUCGCUUCGCGCGGGCUGCACGCCUUCCUUGCCGCUCUCCUGUCGGGGCUCCUGCUGGCGCUCUCGUGCUUCAGGGGUCGGCGGCGGAGGGCCGGGGCGCCCCUGGGCGGGUCUGGCUUCAAGGGGUCAACCCCCGUCCCGCAGGGGCGCAGCCCUUUCGCCCCGCGGGAGUCCUGGAGGCGCGCGGCGCGCACAGCCCCGGUGGCAGGCACUUUCGGGCUGCUGAGCGGAGCUCUGCAGGGCUACGAGGUCCUCCACGCCCUGGGCUACGGCGGCCAACAUGGCUUGGAGGGGCCCUGGUCUUGGUGGGCUUUCCAGCUGGGCCUGCGCCUGGGUGAGGUGGGUGUCGCGCUCCCCUUAGCGCUGCUGGGCCUGUACCCCGCUCUCUGCAGCCCCCGCGUGCCGCCACGCUGCUGGGCCAAGAUCUUCCGUUUGUCCCCGGGCCACGCGGCCCCGCUACUGCCCGGAGGCUGGGUCACCGGGCUCCAGGACAAGGAGCCCCUCGGUAGCGCUAUCGCUCGCGGUGACGCGGAGCUGCUGCAGCUGUGCGCCCUAGCAGGACCCGGCCCGGAUCUGCUGCUUCAGGGCGGUGGCUGCCCGGGCUUCGGAGGCGUAGUGGACAACCCGGUUCAGUCCCCGGCCUCCUCCCCCGGCAGCGACUGCACUGUGGACUUCCGCCCUCCCUCUCCGAUCAACCUUCGGCGCAGCAUCGAGGAGGCACUCUGCAGCGAGGCGUUGCUGGCUCCAGGCCUCUUCCAGGGCCCGGCUUUUGGGGAAGCCCUGCCGGGGAUCGGCCUCUACCGCACCUCCUCGCUGGGGACCAAGACCAGGGCUGGGCUCAGUGGAAGGUCGGAGGAAGGCCCCAGCUCCCAGGCACCUCCGGAGCUCCCCUCUCCUGGGGCUUGGCCCGUGGGCAGUAGCGCCUCCUCUGGCUCCCUGUGUGGACUAUCUCGGGACAGCUCCUCCAUGCUCUUAUGUUCCAGCCCAGACAGGCCUCUGCGUUGUCCACUCGUUUGUGUCCUCAGUCCUCCACGACCCUCUGGAAGCAGUCUUAGCCUCCAGGCCUCAGGAUCAUAUCAGGCCCUGUCCCCACCCUCCCACGACUCCCCGGAGCCUGCUUCUGAGCUGCAGGUAGAGGAGGCCUUGCUGCAGGAGCAAUUCCUAGAUGCUUGUCGACAAAUUGACGAGCUGAGUGUGGGUAGCGACACCAUAGACCUCUGAUAAGGCGGGCACCUCACCGCCUUGCCAUCAUACACUCCUUUCUGGCACCUGCUCUGUCUGAGACCUGCACACUGUAACCCUCCCCCAAUCCUUCCUGGCUCAGAUACCUCUCUCCCCACUUUGUCCCCAUCCAGGGGCCCCUGGGUGGGUGGGUCAACAGCCAGGCUCUGUUGAUUGGGAGUUAGUGCCACCUUCUCUGGAGCCUUGGGCCCUGAUGCCCUCAGCUGCAAUUUUAGGCUGGCAGAGGUCCCACUUUCCUUGGCCUUCACCAGCAAUAAAGCUCCAAGGUGCUCCACUCUGAUGAGUGAGAGGGGCUGUCCUCAAGACCUGGGGCCCUGCCUUGGCCCCAUACUCAUCUCGGCCAUGCCCACCCCUGUGGUGUGUGAAACUCCCUGUCCUCUACGGGACCCUUCCCCACAGAAGGCUUCACAGCCCA